UAGUUAGAUUGGUCUCGAAAUCUACUUUUCAAAUAUUAAUUUUUUAUAAUUUUAAAAAAGUAUAAUUGAAAAUAUUAAUAACUAAAAUAAUGGAUUGACAAGCGUAAAAUCCCUCCUAAUACAAUAUAAAAAGAACCAAAAAAGUAUUAAUUUUAAAAAAAGUCAUUGCGCAUCAAUAUAUAUAAGGCAUCAAUAUAGAAAGUUAGAAACAAUGUAUCAAUAGUUGUGUCAAAUUAAUCUUGAAUAUUAGUAUCCCCACUCGGGACCAUUAUUAUGAGUGUACGUUACUUUUGUCUCAUAAAAAAGUGGAAAAUAGCAACUCAAAUUUUUAAAUUUUAAAACACAAUUCAAGAUCGAGACAGCUAAAAAAGCUGUAACCAACCCUACACCAUAAUUUUUAUUUUUUAUUUUUUAUUUUAAUCCCCACCAUAGUUUAAUUAAAAAAAAUUAUAUUCAUAGAUCCAAUAAUCCACCCAAAAAACUAGUACUAAACCCCAAAUAUUUUAUUCUAAUCACCCAAAAGUAAGAAAAAAAAAGCACUUGAAUCAAUGCCUAUGCGCGGCUACUACUUGCCACCGGUGGGAUCCCCAAAAGAAUUUCAAUUAAUCCAAUAUUCCCUUUAUUCUUAAUAUACUCUACUACUAGAAGGUGUAGUUUAGUAAACUAGUAAUGCUAGUAUUGAGAUUCAUCAAAUUAAAAAUGUUGUUGUGUAGGAAAAAAACUUGUGUUGAUGUUGGUGGUUCGAUUCCGGUUUAUCUCAAUGUCUACGAUAUUACUCCGAUUAAUGGUUAUGCUUAUUGGCUCGGCCUAGGGGUCUACCACUCGGGUGUACAAGUUCACGGAGUCGAGUACGCAUUUGGAGCGCACGAGUACCCCUCUACGGGGAUUUUCGAGGGGGAGCCGAAGAAAUGCGAAGGAUUUAUAUUUAGAAAGUCGAUAUUAAUAGGAUGGACAGAGUUAGGAGCAGAGGAAGUGAGGAAAAUAAUGGAAGAAUUCUCAAAGGAGUAUAAAGGGAAUGCUUAUAAUCUUAUUACGAAGAAUUGCAACCAUUUUUGCAAUGACGCUUGCAUUAAGCUUACAGGAAAUCAUAUCCCAACUUGGGUUAAUCGCCUUGCUCGAAUAGGAAUCGUAUGCAACUGUGUGAUUCCGGUGAGUAUAACGACGACGAGAAUCCAGCAACAGAAGCAUCGUAGACAAGAAAAAAUUGGGAAUGAACAAGUGAACAAGAACACGGAGAGCAGCUCAUCAAAGAGGUUUACUACAUCAUCUAAUAAUUCAUCAUCUUCUUUAUCAUCUUCGCCGCCUUCGGAACCUGUUAAUGUUAAUAAUAAGAAUUGCAAAACAAAAUCAGUGACACCUUCUUCACCUUUAAUAAUGGGUUGUUCUCCUACUAGUAGCAAAUAGGUACAAAUUAGUACAGAGUUAGAAUUUGUUUUACAUGGUCAACCAAUUAGAUGUGAUGAUGUACAAAAUUAACAUGUCUAUUUUGGCUUCUUUCAGCAUUAAUCAAGUUUCAUUCAUCCACUGCAA